AUGCAAUCCCCCAAUCGAGGCCGGGAGGACUCUUACUCGAGCUCCAUUCGGAACAAACACGAAACUCCGCCAGAAAAGUUCGAGUCGGCCGGAAGAAAUUUACAAGUGUUAAAUGUCGAACGCUUUUUGGCAGUGAGGGGAAAUGCGUGCUGGCCGGCUUUCGACACGAAGGCAACGCGGAAGCGGUGGACAAAUGAACCCCAGGUUAAGGCACUCGGAAAAAUAUAG